AUGAAGAUCACGACCGUUAUCAGCCUCCUCUCUCUGAGCACCUUUGCCUUGGCCAAGGACAGCUCAACCACUACUUCUCAAACUAUUACCGAUGCUUCAUCUUAUCUCGCGGGCUUCGGCAUCACAUCUGGGAUUAGCGGCGCACAAGCGACAUCACUUGCGUCGGCGCUCCUUUCGCUCAAAGAGCAACAAACGACCCAAUCUGCUUAUAUCUCAGCUUGGAGUGUUAUUCAAACUGCCGUUCCAACCGGCGUUUGGAACUCAUUGGAAUCAUCAGGCUUCAGAUAUCAACUGGACUCUUCCACCACCGUCGAGCCCUCGUGGUACUCAAGCCUUCCGGAUUCGGUGAAGAAAGAGCUGGUGGCGGAGGAAAGUCAGCUUCAAUCGGUGGAGGAAAAAUACCUGGCCACGACGACGUCGUCUGGCAUGGCUGCUCAGCAAACACUUGCUGCUGGUGGUGUGCUCGCCGCUGGUAUUUUGGGAGUUGCUGCUUUGUUGUAA